AGGACCAUUUCGAACAUGAUAUGAACAACCUGGUAUAGUUAAAUGCAAUACCCGCACGUUGCCCUUUUGGAAUCGGUGGAGAACAGAAUUCGUUAUUUCUAGAUUGUAAUUUCAUCGUCCCCGCGCCGGCCGGCCGCCACCUGGGAAAAGAUAAAGAUGCGGUUGAGAAAUCCAAGAACUUUCUGGUUCUUACCGGCAAUCAUCUCGUUAACUUCACCAGGCUGUACCUGUACGAUGAAGCUGCUCACGACCACAACCUUCUUUUCCCUCGUUGCAGCAGGAGCUUCCGGUAGCACGACGGCGGAUCCGGACCAGCAGCAGCAAUUUCCGGAUGAUGAUGAGACGCUUAUUCUGGGAACACAAACCACCAUUACAACUUCCAGUACGUUUCUGCGGCGUGGGUUGAUGAAAGUAGAGGAAGCAUCUUCGGAGACAGAGGUUGGAGGGGACCCAGAACCUUCUACUGGGACGAGAAAGUACAGCCGGAGUACAAAAAAGCCCUUGUUCAAGCCAAUUGACCCCAGCAAUGUGCUGCAGUAUCACGAGCGGUUGGAACAACAACAAAAACAACAAGACAAGCUGGAACUGCGCGGAGCAGGAGCAGGUGCCACUUCGUCCGCAAAAAGCCUGUUGCAAAACAAAAGGACAAAGGUGAAAGACGAGAAUACGUCUGCAUCUCGAACAGAUGAGAGCGGGACAAGAAAUCAGGACCAGCUGGUGCAAAUAGAGAGGAAAACGAAAGUGACCAGUUUGUUGCAUAGUGGUAAGAACCCGUUGAGCAAGCUUCUUUCGAACAAGAAGAAGAAAGUGGACGAAACGACUAGCGUCCUGUUGGAACUACAGAGACCUCCUGUGACGCAACAGCAACUACAGGGUAGAACAAGAAGCGCCAUAGUCGUACCGAAAAACCAGCGGAACGGCGCUAGGAACACGGUAGUUACUACCACGAGCCGAGCUGGUGGAGAACCAGCACGACUUUCUCACCUGCAAAAACAACGAAGAUCCGCCAUUUCAACAAGAACGUCCACUAUGAACUGCAAAAGUAUCGUACUAGUAUGAAUUGCAUUACAAAUUUGCUCAGCAUGAGAAAUAAAAUUUGUAAUGCAGAUUUGCCUUAAGAAAAGGAUUUGUAAUGCACGCCUUGCAUUUAUACGAAUACGAUACUUUUGCACAGCAUAUCCACGCAAGAACUACAACAUCGCAAAAAAAUAUCAAACCACGCGGAACAUCAACAAGGAUCAUCCGCCCCGCCAACCACGGUGAAAGAGGCUCUUGAAUCCGUAGAAUUUUUCCUCGCCCCGUUAAGGGACAAGCUCGAGCAGGAAAUUUUCAAAAGCUGCACAAAACCCUACAUCGAAGAAAUAAAACGGGUCUACCAGCACGCAGUGACGCCCAUUGAAUCCCUCGCGAUUAAGAAGACGGAGGAAAAUCCAAUAGAUCCAGACGCGAGGUUGGAAUUGGAACAGAAUUUAGAAGAAUUGGAAACACGGAGAAUCUCCUACCUAUCCCCACUUUACGAUGUGGAGAGCUGUGCGCAAAACCUCCAGACUGAUCCGAACUGCCACCAGAAGAAGAAAUGCAAUGCAAAAGCAUCGUAGUAGUAUAAAUUGCAUUACAAAUUGGCCCAGCAUUACAAAUUGAAUUUGUAAUGCUGAUUUGCCUUGAGAAAGAGAUUUGUAAUGCAUAAAUGCAAUUAGUACGAGUACGAUACUUUUGCACAGGAUAGAAAAAAAUUUCCGACGAAUUUCUCAAAUCUUCCACGGCGGACGUGUCUGUGGAUUUGUUAUCCGGAAACACGGUGAUAUGGAAGCGUCAGGUUUGAAAUCGACAAAGUUGAAAUGAUUUGUCAUGCAUAAAAUGGAUACCAGUUGGAAGCCCAAUUUACAAGCGGCGGAUGACGAAUUUUCCGAGCACCGGAAUCCAGUUCCAGUUUGUCAUGCUGUUUGGGCACAGACGACUGCUUUUGUCAUGCUCCUUUAGCAGCUCUACUUCAAACCCUAAACAGGCUGACACGCGGCCUCGCUUGCCAUCCCCGCAAGACAGGCUCUUCAUGCCUUGCAUUUUAUGCAUGACAAACCAUUUCAACUUUGGCGAUUUCAAACCUGACGCUUCCAUAGGUGAGUACCCAGAACCCGGGCUCCUGGCCGGAAAACACGAUCAUCGAUUUUGGAAGAGCGGGGAGGAUAUGCAUUGCAAAAAUGUCUGGGUCUGGAAGAAUGUAGGACUUGUCAUGCUUGUCUGGCAUGACUCUUAGAUCUGUGUUGCGUAAGCAGGAACGGGGCCUACCCUAGUGCCUGUCAUGCAAAAACGCAGUUUGCCACUCGGAAAAUGAAACACAUGGCAGUGCAAAAACUUGUCAUGCUUGGCUGCAUAUUGUAGUGCGCCCACCAUUCAGAGAUUUGCGUCACAAGUUUCCAGACCCAGACAUAUUUGCAUUUGAUAGAGGACGACGGAUGAUAAUCUGGAACUGAAACGGCCGGGAAUCAAAUCCGUGCAGCAAGUGUUCUACGAUCUUGGAACUACAGAAGCAGCAGCCGGCUUGAAAAACCUACCGAACUUUUUCGAUCCUGAGAACAUAGACGACGAAAGUUUGAAGGUUAUCACAAGCUCCACCACAGUCUCAAUCGAGACGCCACUGGAAGAAGACUACGGAAAAUACACGACGUACGAAGAUUUUUACGACGAGUGUGUGAAGUCCAAAGUCGCGGAAACUUUUGUCAGUUUGGGAAAUACAAAAGAUGCGGAAAAAUCGGAGCUGUUUUUGGAAAACUUGAAGCAAAACCUCGGAUUUCUUACCUUCGGUAUGGAAAAGGACGGGUCUGUGGUCCAGUGGCCGAAUGUUGGGCAGGUGACAGACGGAGUGAAUACAGUAGGUGCUGCCCAGCCGGAUGCGAGUGCGGUAGAGAAAAUCACGCCGGAACAAGCUGUGCAAAACCUGAUAUCCUGUGCAAAAGUAUCUAUACCUGUAGCAAUCGCAAUCAUGCAUUACAAACUUCCACCCCAAGGGAAAAAAGCAUGACAAAUUUCAUUUGUCAUGCUGAACGAAUUUGUGAUGCGAUUUCUACUAGUACGAUGCUUUUGCAAUGCAUACCUGAUUGUCGGCGGCGAUUUAACCUCGGAUGACUCCCGGGAUUCCAGUUGGUACCUGAACACGGUCGUGCGGGGGCAGAAGCGAAACGUGGUCAUAUCAACUGCAAAAGUGUCUGGGUCGGGAAGGAUGCGAAAUUGUGAUGCGUGUUGCGGAUCAUACAAAAAUCUGUGUUGCAUGACUUGCAAAAGGUCCCCACUUUUCGUCAUGCCCGGAGGGUAUUUCUCAUGCAGAAUGGGCAUCAUCAAGGCGCUGCAGAACCUGUGAUGCUAGGCCCUGCGUUCCAGAUUUGGCGGAUGCUAGGCACUGCGUGACAAGUGUCGGAAUCUUCCAGACCCAGACACUUUUGCAUUUGAUAGGUCAUCGCCGUGGACAUCUCGAUGUCCAUGUGGAAUUCGGAAACGGUCACGAAAACGGGCGCAGACGGCAAGGAGUACCAAGAGUACAUUCCCAACACGCAGCGAUGGGAGAACGCGCGAUCCGCGGUGGACAAAGCGCUCGAUGGGUUAGACGGGGCCAAGUAUGACAGUGCACAACUCACCCUCGUUCUCAUUUCUCUUGCAAAACACCAAAUCCACGCUUUCCCUCCUGUCACGAUUAUGCAUGACAAGUUCUGGUAGCCCAAGAAAUAGCUGCAUCCAGUUGUACAAACUUGUCAUGCAAACCGGCACUCUUGUUGAUGCUUGUAUUGCCGUUCAUGCUAUACAAAUGAGGGGGAGGAGGAGUUGUGCACUGUCAUACCAAGGGGGAUCGGUUCAACGUGAUGGUUUGGUCGACGGAUGUGUUUUUCUCCUCUUUCGAAUUAGUUCGGGCGAUAUCAACUGCAAACAUGCCUGGGUCUGGACUGCUUGAACCUGUAUUGCGUGUUUCGGAUGCCAUGAAAAUCUGUAUUGCAUAAGCACCAAAAGCUCCACUUUUUCCUUUUCGUCAUGCAAAAUCGCAGUUUGUACUCGUAAUGCGUGCUGCGUAUGAGGAAGCGACUGAAAAUAAACUUGUCAUGCUUCACUGCACUUAAAGGCACACUCAAUCGUGACCAUUCAGCAUUACAAGUUUCCAGACCCGGACAUAUUUGCAUUGGAUAGGCGACCAAGGAAAAUAUUUUGAAAGCGAAGAUCUGGCUGAAGGAGCAGGCGGGCGCGGCGAUGCUGGAGGGAUCGGGAACACACUACCCUUUGUAAAAACGUCCCCACCCCAUAGUCAAGUUGGUAAAUCUGCAACACAAAUCUCCAAGCUUUGGGAGUUUUGCAUGACAAGUUUCCAUCUGUAGCGUCGUUCUGUUUAGCAAGGGAAGCCGCAUGAGAAAGCCAGCUUCUCAUCCCGUUUGCAGCAUUACAAAGUUCAAAAGACGACCCCUGGAUGUGCCUCUAAUACAGAUCCGCAUCACAAGUGUUGCUCUCAUUGCCGAUUUGCAUGACAACUCUGGGGUCGUGGGGACGUUUUUUCUUGGGAUACGCACCCGGAGUGGGCGCUGGCGAGCGCGCUGGCGUUGGGGACAAAAGGGAUUGUCCCGAAGCCGCUGCUAUCAAAUGCAAAAAUGUCUGGGUCUGGUUCUGGAAGAUUGCAGGAGUUUGUCAUGCAUGUUUUGGAUCACGCAACUGGUCUCUAAUGCACGCAAAAGCUUUACAGGUUUUGCGCAGGCCUCCUGAUGUCUCUCCCGCAUGAGAAAUUCCCUGUUUGCGUAGCAAGAAAUGGAAAGCUUUUGGUGCUUAUGCAAUGCAAGUUUUUGCCUAUUCCAGAAUUCGCAUGACAAGUUCCAACUCUUCCAUACCCAGACAUUUUUGCAUUUGAUACCUGCGGGACGUGUAUUUCAAUCCAGAGCACAGCACGGUCGUGAAAGAUGGUAUUAAUGGGACAGCCGUCGACCAACUGUGGGGGAGUAUGAUCACGGAGUUGGAUCAGCAGGGAGACUGGGCCGCGAUUCCGAUCAGCUGGGUGAACAGCUCGCCGCGGAAGGUCCCGUGGGGCGAGAGCAAAACCACGGUUGAGGAAAGGUUAAAUAGGAUCUCGGAAGAGUUUUUGAAAAAAGAAUCCCGGGAGCGCUUCGCCGGGAAUGCAGAUCUGGAAAACGCCGAGUGCGUUUUGUGGUCCGACUUCUGCUAUGGAUUGCAAAAGUAUCGUACUCGUAAAUGCAAUACAAAUUUCCUCAGCAUGAGAAAUAAGAUCUGUCAUGCAGAUUUACAUUGAGAAAAAAAUUUGUAAUGCAGGACUGCAAUUACUACGAGUGCGAUACUUUUGCAGAGCAUAUCUGCGAAACGACAGUGUUGUUCAUCACCGACGCGGAUAACUACAAGAGCCAAAUGUGCCUCGAAAACAAGGACGAACAGGGUAACUGCCCAAGCGGCAAAGUUACGGUCUCGCCGGAGAGUUUUCGCGGGGAGGACGGGAGUUCGGCUGGGCAGAUGUUGCAGGAUUUCGGGAAGUUGUUUAAAAAGGACUGGGGCGUGCUGCUUCAAGCUUUUGUGAUGAUUGACGAAGACACUUACGACAUGGCGCAGGACGGGUCUGGCGCUUACCCGAAAGCCUGGGAGCCGACGCUGGACAUGGCAAAACAGCACGGGACGGGGGAGAUUACGCCCUUAUUCCUGGGUCAGCCGCAGCAGAUCACGCGGGAAAUUAGUCGGUAUUGGAACAGCAAGUCGUUGCAGGACGACUACAGUUCCUGGAACCAGGUGAUCUGGCACAUAUGGAUUGCAAAAAUGUCUGGGUCUGAAAGAUUCUAUACGUUUGUCAUGCAUGUCUGACAUGACUCGAGAAUCUGUGAUGCAUGGGCACGAAAGGCUCUCCUAUCUAUCAUGUAAAAACGUUGUUUCUCAUGCGGAAUACGCAACACAUAGCAGCUCACAAAUUUGUCAUGCCUGGCUGCGUAUUGCAGUCCGGCUAUUAUCCACUUUUAGCAUGACAAGUUUCCAGACCCAGACACUUUUGCACUUGAUAGCACAAGUUCAGCGACAAAAAGUUUCUCUGGGAUGGGGACUAUAACAAGACAGGAGUUGGUCUGGACGGUGAUAGUACAUCUUCAACACCAACAUCAACAACAAAUGACUUCCGCGGCAUCGACCGGUUAGUUGCCUGCAUGGCGUUGAUGCCAUCUCACGCGAAUCUCGGAGCCGAGGGGGACGAGGCGAGUGGGCAUUUAGAAUACUUGAAAUCCUUCGAAGUCACCGACUCGACUUAUUUCUCGUUUUUGAAAAGCCGGAUUGGGGUUCUCUGUAUCGACGCCAACGUUGUAUUAGGCGCGUUUCACAGUUUCCGGUCCUUUGUGGAUCUGCGCUGUAACACGAAAUUGACGGGAAUCCUGGGAGAGGAAAUUCAGAAGAAAAACAACGCAAAUCGGGUCGGGGAAGAGAGUUGUCCAUUACUGAAACACCGGGAGGAACGGUGCGCGGCGUUGGAACCCGGGAAUGGACUGUAUCAUCAUUACUUCAUGCAGAAGUACACCCAAGCUGGAGAUGACGUUUCCAACCCGACGGGCGCUCCGUGGAUCGCGAAUGCGUUGGAAAAGGAGGACCGAUAUCGCGCGGAGAAAUCCCCCCUCACCAUAUUGACAAGCUACGUUUUCGAAAGUUUGUGUUGCUGAUUUGUGACCGCAAAUCGUCUCUGUGUUGCAUGAAGGCAACUCCACAGACUCCGCCGCAUUCUACAGGUGGUUUGUCAUGUUGUUGCUCCUACAGCGUAGACGUCUGCCAUGCUAAGCGCCUAGGCCAAAGCCUGUCUACUCAGGCUUGCUAUGGGCCUGCAGUCCUCGCCAGCAAGACAAAUCUGAUCCGUGUACGCAAAUCCAGCAUCAGAAGCUUCGUUUUGAUAUGGGGAGGGGGGCUUUUCAUUCUGAUAGUCGACCGGUCUUGUUCCCGCAGUACGACUUAACGAACGGUCUGGAUUCUGACUUCUGGAAUAACGAUAACGGCAACGGUCCCGAUCUAACCGCGAUCGGCGGCGAUGAGGAUCUCUUCGGCGGGCCCUGUCCAGUCAUUCCUGUCAACAAAUUCGCGGCCCCGGAAGCGACUGCAGCCCCAUAUGCAAUUCAAAUAUGUCUGGGUCCUCUGGAAGAAUGCAACUUGUGAUGCUGCGUUUGGCUUCCUAAAAAAUCUGUAUUGCGUGAGCAGCAAAGGGAGUGUAAUUUUUGCUACGCGGAGAGGGCCGCGUUUCUCAUGCUGUAGAGGCGUUACAAAGUCCUUAAAAAAUCUGUGAUACUAGAAGGGCAUGCAUCACAGGCAUCAUGGCUCACGCAAUACGUGCAUGACAAGUCUCAGAACCUUCCAGACCCAGACAUAUUUGCAAUGGAUACGGGAGAUGACACCGAAAAGGAAAGCACCCCCGUGACGGAAAAGCCGGAGGGGGAGGCCGAUAACGCAGAGGAGGAAGCUGGAGAAGAACAAUUCCCCUUCUGGAUGCUUGCGCUGGCGGUUUUGCUUCUCUUGUUAGUCGCGGCAACUGUAGCGUAUUGCCUCAUGAAGUCUCCCGAGCCGGAAGCCGCAACGGCGGAAGAUAUGGAAUGCAAAUAUGUCUGGGUCUGGAAGAUUGCCAGGUUUGUCAUGCAUAUUCUGCAUGACCCAUGAAGCCUGUAAUGCAUGACUUAGCAUCACAGCUCUUUUGAGGGCUUUCUGAUGCCUAUUCUGCAUGAGAAAUGCCUUCUCCGCGUAGCACAAACUGGAGUCCUCUUGCUGGUCAUGCAAUACAAAUUUUUUCAGAAUCCAGAAACAGCAUCACAAGUUUAGAACCUUCCAGACCCAGACAUUUUUGCAUUUGAUAGAAGAAGUGGCACAGCAAAUUGCCAUCGAGGAGCCGCAGGGGCGAGAGCAAGUUAGUCGCAAAGCAGGCGUCGAUUCCGGCCACACGAUGCUAGGAAUAGCGCUAGUCCAACCCAUACACAAAACACCCGGAGCGCCAGUAGAGCACGCGGACGUGGUCGCAGGACGACAAGCAGUGGCGAAGAAGACGAAGAAGAAAGAAAAGAAGAAAAAACCCUCAGUAGUUGAGGAGACAAUCACCACCACUGGCGAAGUUGAAGAACCAGAUCUGGGCGAGGCAGAAGAUGCGACGGUGGAUCAGGUUGCCGGGCUGAGAAAGGCGAAGGCGAAAGGGAUGAAAACAAAACCGAAGGCGAAACCCAAGCCGAAGGCAACUACGAAAAAGCAAGCGCAGAAGCGAAUUUUGGAGGAGAAUCCUGAGGUUGAAAGGAUCGCGAGAAUAUCCUGUGCAAAAGUAUCGUACUCGUAGUAAUUGCGAUCAUGCAUUACAAAUCUUUUUCUUAAGGUACACCCGCAUUACAAAUUUUGUUUCUCAUGCUGAAAAAAUUUGGGUUGGAAGCGGAAUCACGUUUUCAAGUUGGAAUCACGUUUGUGGAAUCACGUUUAGAGCGGAAUCAAGUUGAUGGAAUCAGCCUAGCUAGGGCUUAGGGUCUAGGGUUUGGGGUUUCUGGUCGUCGGCCAGGGCAGCCGCCGCCGGCCGGCCGGCGGCGGCUGCCCUGGCCGGCGACUCUCCCUUCUCGUUCUUCGAGGGUGGCGGCCCCGCACCCUUCCCGCCUUCGUGGUUGUUCUGUCGCUUCCCUGGGGUCCUCCUGGCUCCCGCUGGCCAGCUCCUUGCCCGGCGGGGCGCGUCAUUGAUCUCGGCGGACCGCUGGGCCCGCCCGGCGUUCGUUUAAGUAUGUUGUGGGCAUUUCGGCGUCUAAGUUGUUUCACUCAACUCGAUUCGACAAACGCGACUCCGUCGCAAACGUGAUUCCGUUAACGUGACUCCAUGAGUAAAUGUGAUUCCAAAAAUGUCAAAACGUGAUACCGCCGCCUUCCAAAAAUUUGUCAUGCAUUUAUACGAGUAUGAUACUUUUGCAAUGCAUAGAGAAUGAUUGUCGACCACUUCUGCCCGCACUUGGAUAUGAAAUACGCCAGGAAACUUGCGGCUGCAGUGCUUGACCCUCCGGAGGAGGAGGAUGUGAAGAAAAAACAAGAAAAGAAAAAAGCGAAAAAAGGCGCAGCAGCAGCAGCAGGAGCCGCCAACAAGAAGCCCCCGCCGGCUCACAUCCUCCCGGUGCCCAAGGACGAGAAAGAUAAAAAAGCGCUCAUGGAGGGGAAGGAAAAUGGGUGGCCGGAUUACCAUAUCAACUGCAAAUAUGUAGUCUGGAUCUGGAAAGAACUUGUGAUGCUUGGCUGGGAAUACUGAAUGCUCUGUAAUGCACAGCCUUGUAUGAUGAGAGAGGUCUGCGCUGCUUAGUGUAGCGUUUUCCGCAUGACAAACUACGUUUUUGCAUGACAGGCAAGCGGCAGUCUUCCUGCACAUGCAUCACAGAUUUAAGAGUCAUGCUAGACAAGCAUGACAAACGUGCAUUCUCCCAGACCCAGACACAUUUGCGUUCCAUAUACCACAAAAAGGAGUUCAACGUCCCGAGGCUCCGGGAGCUACUCGGCUUGAGCCCGCAGCAAAUCGAGGCUUUUCAGCAAUUUCACGCCAUGAAAAUGCAGGAACACCACCGGGAAGUCGCCGGGGCUCCUGAGGUGGAUUUGAAAGCGCGUCGCAAUCAGCCGGCCGAAACAAUGGACCUAAAUUUGGCGGCGGGUGUGAUUGACAAAGUAGAACACGGCUUGGAGAAGAAAAGAGCCAAGGCGAAGGCCAAGGCGCUAGCGAAGGACAAGAAGAAACUGAAAGCGGAAAAGGCAAAAAAGAAAAAAGACCACGACGGAUCAGACGUGGAAGAAGCUUUCGUGACCAUCGGCGCUGCCGCGGCGAAAAAGUCGGCAAAAAGGAAAGAGGAGAAAAAGAAGCAGCAAAAGGCGAUCAAAGCGGCGAAACUCGGGAAAAAGCACAAAAAAGCGGAGAUGACGAAGGAAAUGUUCAAGUUGCGGCAAGUCAGGAAGCAGAAGAAAGAGAACCAGAAAUUAGUGGAGGUCCGGGUUUUAACCCAAGUGCAGCAGGAGAAGCCCGAGAAGAACGAAACUUACAAGAUGCUGGUGGAGGAGGGGUUUUCCAAAAAAGCGGCUUUGUCUCUCUCCAAACGACUCUCCGAUACGGACAAUGCGGACCUGGAUAAAAAAUUGAAACUGAAACUCGACCCGGUCGACAUGAAGGCGCUGGAUAACAUGGGGGGUUUCGAAACCGUCGCGCAAUUUCAGGGGUAUUUAGCCGCGAAAAAGAAGGCGAAGGAGAAAAAGUUGGAGAAGAAAAAAGAGGAUAAGCGCCUGGAGGAGAAAUUGCGCGCGCAGGGGAAAGAUGAGUUCACGAUCAAAAAGAUCAAACAAGAGGUGAAAAAGAAGGAAAAGGAGAAGGAAUUGAAAAAGGAUAUGAAAGUGCAAAACUCGUCCCCCUCGGUCUCAUUUCUCAUGCAGAAUACCAAAUCCACGCUUUCACUCCUGUCGCUAUCAUGCAUGACAAGUGAUUCUUUUGGUAGCCCACGUAGCACUACCAGCCUGUGGAGUUUUGUCAUGCAAAAACUGCAUUCCUGCUGACGCUUGUAUUGCUUCCCAUGCAAUACAAAUGAGGGUGAGGGGGAGUUGUGCAGUUUCAUAAAGGAGCAAGUCGCAGCCGAGAAAGUGGAUGAGGAAAAAUACAUUGCGGUUUUGGAAAAAUUAUGCACUGCAAAAAUCGUGCUGGGUCUGGAAGGUUGGAGCUUGUGAUGCUGUCUUCGGAUUCUAAAGAAAUCUGUAUUGCAUGACCAGCAAGAGGAGUCUAGUUUGUGCUACGCGGAGAGGGCAUUUCUCAUGCGGAAUAGGCAUCAGGAAGCCUGCUAAAAAUCUGUGAUGCUAGGUCAUGCAUUACAACAGACAUCAUGGGUCAUGCAAAAUAUGCAUGACAAACCUGGCAAAGUUCCAGACCCAGACAUAUUUGCAUUUGAUAAAAAUCCGGGUUCAAGCACUCCGAGGCGAAAAAGCUCGCGAAACAAUUGAAAGAACCAACACCAGCCGCGGAUAAAAUUGGCCACGAACAUGAGGAGAAAAUCGACAUUUCUGAGCAAGUCGAAAAAGCUUUACGCGGUUCCGGGAAAGCGGAUCAAGACUUGAUCAAGAAAGUGAAGGAGAAGGUAAAGAAAAAGGAGAAGGAAAAGGAGAAAGAACUGCUAAAAGAGGUCGUGGAAGAGUUCCAUGAUGAUCAAAAAUGCGAUAUCAUAAGUAAAAACGUCCCCACCCCAUAGUCAAGUUGGGAACUUAGCAACACAAACCCAGAAGCUUUGGGAGCAGCGCAUGACUAAUUCCAGUCCGUAGUGUAGUACAGUUUAGCAAGUGCAGCCGCAUCACAAAUCCAUCUGCUCAUCCCGUUUACAGCAUUACAAAUUCCAAAACGCGAUUGGAAAUUCCGUGUCUCAACAUGGAGAUGCGCAUUACAAAUCGUCCUGUAAUCGUGAAUCUGCAUGACAACUAUGGGUCGGGGACGUUUUUACACUGGAUAUGCGAAAAGAUGUUCCUCGAAGCCGGUUUCAGCAAGCACGACGCGCACAAGGCGGCGAAACAGUAUCGCGAGAAAAAAAUGUACACAGUUACACAUUGUCUUGCAGGCCAAGCAAGACAGACAAGCUCUGUCAUGCCCGAUGUGCAUAAGAGCCUCGUUUCAUAGGUGUUUUCCCUUAGGAUUUCUGCAUUACAGGUUUUCUCUCUCAUGCAGGGACAUUUGUGUUGCUGAAUUGCCUACAAAUGUGUAACUGUAACACUUUUUUCUCAGGAUAAACAGAUGAAAGAAGCCAGUAGCCACAUCCCCGGGGUAGAGGGGAAAGACCACGUAUGAAUUGCAAAAGUACCGUACUCGUAUAAAAAAUGCAUUACAAAUCGUCUCAGCAUGAGAAAUGAAAUUUGUGAUGCUGUUCUACCUUUAGGAAGAAGAUUUGCUAUGUAUGGUAGCAAUUAGUACGAGUAUCGGAUACUUUUGCAGAGCAUACCACGGCGCCAAACUCGAUCUGUCCGACCAGUUUGAGGAGGUUUUGAAGGCAACGAAAGAUCUGGAUGCCGGCUUUGUUGCGAAAGUGAAAAAAGAAAUCAAGAAACACGUGGAAGAGAAGGAGCAGAAAUUGCGGAAAGAAAUUGUCGCUGACUUCAAAAACGAAGAGAAAUGUGAAACGCUUCUCGUCGAAGCAGGUUUUUCAAAACACGACGCGUAUAAGCAGGCAAAACACGUGAAGGAAGAAGUUUCUAGCCAUUUGAACACAGCUUCUGGGGCGGCUGCGGGGGCAUCAAAGGCGUUUGAAAAACCCGAUUUGUCCGAAAAAAUCUUAACCACCGACUAUGACCUGCUCAAACGUUACAAUCUCAAACGUUACAAUAGAGUCUGAGAUUUGUCUUGCAUGAUUAACAUGACAGACUCGGACAGCGUUCCAAUUUUUGCAAUACAAUUUUCGCCAGAUUGUAGUGCGGAUUGGGACUCCAGAACUUGUCAUGCGCAAUCCUGUGGGAGUAGGGUAGAUCAUGCACUUCUUGCAACACAAAUUCCAGAUUCCAUUGUAGCGUUUGAGAUUGUAACACCUGAGCGGGUUAUACCGACCAAGACGUGGGGCACAUGACCACCUGGCAGAAGAAAAUCAAAAAGGAAGACGCGGUGGACGGAAAGUCGAUGAAAAUGUUGGAAAAUUUGAUGAAACUAGACGUGGAGAUAUGCAUUCCAAAUAUGUCUGCGUCUGGAAAAUUGGGACUUGUGAUGCUAGCUUUGGACUCUAAAAAAAUUUGUAUUGCAUGACCAGCAACAGGAGUCCAGUUUGUGCUACGCGGGGAUGGCAUUUGUCAUGCGGAAUAGAAGGCAUUGGGAAGCCCUGUAAAAAUCUGUGAUGCUAGGGCAUGCAUUACAGACAUCCUUGGUCAUGCCGAAUAUGCAUGACAAACGUGGCGAUCUUCCAGACCCAGACAUAUUUGCAGUUGAUAGGAGACUGUCGACGACGAUAUUACCCCGGACCUCGGCAAGGCGGAGAAGGCCUCUGUUGACAAGGGCUUUUCCCUCCAGCAGGUGCGGAACUUUGUGGAAAAGCAAGUGAAGGAGAAGGAAAAGGAAGAGAAGAAGCUCACCACCUUAGCCUGCGACAUGGGCAUAUGGCGCUCUCAAACGUUACAUUCUCAACUGUUACACGAAUUUGUGAUGCAAAAACGCCACCAGUGUCUACAUUAUCAAGCUGCUUCGCAUGACAAGUUCUUGACCCGCUAGAUAGCAUUAGAUAGAAUCUGCGCCAAACCUGUAAUGCAAAACACGCAAGUUCCCUCCUUUCACUUUUGCCAUUCUCGCAUCACAGAUUCAUGUAACAGUUGAGAAUGUAACAGUUGAGAGCGCCAUAGGGCAUGGCGGAAUCGGCUUUGCUCACUGCGGGCUUCACGAAGCAGGCGGCGCGGUAUGACAGUGCACAACCCCCCCUCCUCCUCAUUUGUCAUGCAAAAUACCCAUUCCACCCCUUGCCUCUUGGCACCGCUUGCAUGACAAGUUCUGGUAGCCCAAAUAGCAUUGCACUCCAGUGUAAACUUGUCAUGCAAAACGGGCACUCUUGCUGAUGCUUGUAUUGCCGUUCAUGCUGUGCAAAUGAGGGGGAGGGGGAGUUGUGCACUGUCAUACGCGGUCUAUUGCGAAAAAAGUCGGGGACGGAGAUACUGAAGCGAAUGCGCAAUUGUUCACGGAGCACGAAGUAUCCGCAGAUGACAAGGAAAUUUUGGAAAAGCUCGGGCUCUCCGCGGAGACAGAAACGGCUUCUGUCGGUCAAGUCCGCGCGUUUAUCGCGCAAAAGGUGGAGAGGAAGGAAAAGAAACAGAAGGACCGGGACACUUUCAUCGCCAGUGCGAAUACAGGAAAUGCACUAUCCUAUGUGAAAACACCCCCACCACAUGGUUGCGUUGCAAAUCUGCAUGCUGAAAGCGUUUUUUAUGCGGAGCCCGCCCAUGACGAGAAGCAUUUUCUAGUCGUGUUUCGGAAUUUGUGAUGCUCCAAUCGCCACGGUGUGCUAGAUCCGUGAUGCUGCUCAACUAGCUAAACACGAGCACACUACGAGGCAGACCUGUCAUGCGCAACGACCAAAGCUGGUUGAUUUGUCGAGCAGAUUUCCCAUCUACUUGACUCUGGGGUGGGGAUGUUUUUACACUGGAUAUGCCCCUUUGACGGAAAUUUUAACGAAAGACGAAGAAAUUCUAGACGCCGCUGAAGCGGAAACGGCGUUGGUGAUGUCCGGCUUCUCGCCCGCCGUUGCAAAAAAGAUGGCCCACAUCACGGCCAAACAGGACGAGGCGAUUAAAAAUCAGAAGGAGGACAUCGCGGAGCUAGUAUGCAUUGCAAAAGUAACGUACUAGCAUAAAUUGCAUUACAAAUUUUGGCAAGAAGAAAAGUGGAAUUUGUAAUGCUGUUUUACCUUAGGAGAGAGAUUUGUCAUGCAUAUUUGCAAUUAGUACGAGUGCGAUACUUUUGCACAGCAUAGCUAGCGGGCAAGGACGACGUUUUUCUCGCCGGCGGCGAGGCGGUGGACGUGAAACUGAUGUGUAACGAGAUCCAGGAAACGUUUAUAAACAUGGAUGACGAAGAUAAAGAGCUGGAUGACGACGACCGAGAAGAGUUCGGUCUCGCUACCGAGAAGGACUUCCGGCUAAUGGAAGCAUUCGGCCUAGAUGACGAAGCGGACAAAGCAGAAACGGCUGUGGCCAUGCUCGGAUUUGUGAAGAAAGCGGUCGCGGCGAAAAAGCACAAAGUUGAUUUGGACCUGUCCGAAGCGACGGUGGAUCAGAAAACCUCUUUAGGGCAGCAGGAGAUCAGCACAGGACUGCAGGUAUGCGUUGCAAAUAUGUCUGGGUCUGGAAACAUGUAAACUUGUGAUGCUAAAUCUGGAACGUGGAAAAAUUUGUGUUGCAGGAUUACCAAAAGUUGUCCACGUUUGACAACAAUAGGAAGUAGCAGUUUCUCAUGCAGGAGUUGCAUGAGAGAGAUGCCGCAGAAUCUGUCAUGCUAGGUCCUGUAUGACAAAGCUCGUGGGUCAUGGAAAACCCGCAUAACAGAUCUUGCUAUCUUCCAGCCCCAGACAUGUUUGCACUUCAUAGCAGGACAAGGGGAUAACCAAACCGAUCGCGGAUGAGCUUGCGAAGAUCAUGGAUGAGGCGACGGCCGCGCACAAAGAGCAAGCGGGUGGGCCUGGGGGUGAUGACGACGACGAUGAUUUAUUUGCCGCCCCGGCUAGUAUGCCUGACAUGAGCGAAAAAUUGGACGAAAUCCUGGAGAAAAAUAAGGGAAAAUUGCAAGCAAAAGAAGAAGAGGAACUGAUGGACAUUAAAGCGAACUUCGACUUUGCCGUUAUCUCCGACCCGGACGAUCCGGAAUUUGGCCUCGAAAUGCUGGUCGCGAUCGAGGAUUUUAUCAACGACUUGAAAAAAGAACUCCACGCGAAACAAGCCAAGGAACGGGCUUCGGAAAUUCAGAAAAAUCAGAAGGCGAUCGAAAAGGAUUUUGAAGAGGAAGAGGAGAAAAUCAUGAAGGCAGUCGAAGCCGAUAUGGAAAAUAAACGAGGGUCUGUCCUCCAAGGUGGAGGAUUCCAGCAGAAGAAACCGAAACCGAAGCCGGGCUUUUUCGCCAUGCUCUGUCCGUGCAUUUGCGGGGGCGGUGGGGCAGCAGAUGAGGACGAAGACGACUCCGCGGAGGGUUUGUUAGCCGGAACCAGUGGCGGGGUCGCAAUCUCCAUGUCCGAGAGCUCCUCUGACGAUGACGACGAUGAUGAUGAAACGACGACCGAGGCCGAAACCACAGGGGCGGAAGCUACCACUGGCGCCGAGGAGAGUGACGAAUCAUCGUCGAGCGAGGGGUCGACCGAAGGGGAGGAGACGGAGGUAGAGCAGCACCCGGGUGGAUAACGGCUCGAAACUGCUUAUCAAGUAGUUUUUCCCGCAAUAGCUUCUUAUCGCAGAAAGAGAAAGCACAAGUAGUCGUAGAGAUGAAGUCCGAAAAGCGGCUGUCUGUGCAUCUUCUAGGCAUUUCUCUAUGUAUGUACUUACAAUUUUAUUUCACGUAAACCAUCUAUGCGGUGGUAUUUUUUUGGCCAUGUUCUUACUUUUUUACUAGUAACACACAAUCUCAAUCUAUCAUGUUUCUGUUUUUACCGAGCCUUUGCUGGGCUCUCGUUUUCUUUUCAUUUUUAAACACUAUGCUUUUCUUGAGUCUUUUUUUUUUACUAUAACAUUUUAACACACUUUACAGGCACACGCCAAAAUCUAAAUCUAAAUCAAAAUCAGUACGACCCUUUGGUGGAAAAACAUCCGCACAACAUCGACAAUGGGCCCGUGCGUUUGUUGAUGCUCCCCUGCAUGGUAAAUAGCCCUCCCCCGCGCGAAGGUCUGUCUUUUUUCUUAAUUUUCAAAAUUUACAUUUGUCAAACAACAUAACACGAAAGUUCAGAAGCACGGACCCACAAGUCACGCAUUCAGUUUUUUAGCAUUUCAACGUAUCCUGUUAAGCAAACAACUUCAAACAUCUUUGUUUUUUUUAUGUAAUUUUAGCAAACAAAAAAGCACACUCAAAAUUCACAUUUCUUUUAAUCACAUUCACAGUAUGACUACCCUACCAAAGAAAACAAACUAGACAUUACGUUCGUACCCCGGGCGAAAAAGAUAAAAUCAGAAAUAAGUGCGUACCCCGCUCUUUGGCCUUGAUUUUUAUUUUAUUGCGG